CGGUCACCCAGCGAGACUCGUUCACCAGGUCGCGCGGUGCUCAAAACUAACCCAAUCCAAUUUUGAGUACUAACCUUACCUAAUCAAAGUUGAACAGUGAGAUAAGCAUUGGACCGCAUUGUGGUGAGUCAGCGGUUGAGGAUCCGCGUCUCUUUAUCUCAUUAAGAUUAGCGAAGUCUGACGCCAUCCAAUCAAAUUAUCGCGUUGCUUGACAAAUUUACUCUCCGAUAGCAACAGGUUACAUGGGAAACGAAGUUGAAAGAAAACAAAAUUAAAAAAAAAAAAUUAUGUACGGGAAUAUUAAGAGAAUUGAGAUUGUAUUUUAUAAUUACAACAUUAUUAUAUGAACGACUCAGUCUGCUGAUGGGAGCAGUGAAGGGACUGAAAUACAUAUUUGUGGCCAUGAUCAGCUUAACAGUAAUAGCAUUGAUGGGUUAUUGCCUUUUUCAAACCGGUCAAGAGGCUUCGGUCGCUGCAGAACAAAGUCAUCGUUCGUUUUCUGAUUCUGAGAAAGUAAUUCUUUGCUAUGAAGACCUUUCAAAUUUUACUCAUAAAUGGGUCAACGAUUUGCCAAUUAUUUAUUUCAUCACACCGACUUAUCCCAGACGAGAACAGAUCCCCGAAAUUACGAGACUCGGUCAAACUCUAAUGCACGUUCAAAAUCUUCAUUGGAUCGUUGCCGACGAUAACAUCGAAUGCAAUCCAACGCUGGUUAGAUUUUUAAAAAGAUUCGGUAUCCCGUUAACGGUAAUGGCCACCCCGAUGCCAAAAAAAUUUUGGAAACGCGAUAAAACUAGGCUACCAAGAGGCGUGGCUAAUCGACGAGCAGCCUUAGAUUGGGUACGAAAGAACGGAAGAACGAACGGCGUCCUUUACUUCGGUGAUGACGAUAAUACGUUUGAUCUACAACUUUUUCAUGAAAUUCGUUACACUAAGAAAGUAUCCAUGUUGCCGGUCGGACUGAUAGGAGACUUUGGAGUUAGUUCUCCGGUCGUCAAAGAGGGCAAGGUCAUCGGAUUCUUUGACUCGUGGCCAGUAGAUCGUAAGUUUCCAAUCGACAUGGCGGGUUUCGCUGUCUCUGUGGAGUUUUUCAAGAACAUACCCGAAGCAUCGAUGCCAUACAAAGUUGGAUACGAGGAAGAUAUGUUCCUAAAAAGUCUCAGUCUUCGCUUGGAAGACAUCGAGCCAGUCGCUGACCAUUGUACAAAGAUUCUAGUCUGGCAUACACAAACAUCCAAGAAACCACCUGGAAAGUUAUUUCUCGCUCAUAAGGAAUCUCACACGUCAUUGGAUGGGUUACUCGACCAGCUCUAUGAUUACGGCGUAGCUUCCAUCGAUAAUAAAACAGGUGUGAAGACUUACUACACGAAGCAAAGUGGACGAACGGAAGUUUGAAUCUCAUCGAAGUGAAUCGAGUGAUGGAAAAUAACGAUAUUAAGGAACUUUGAAUCUCAUCGGAGUGAAUCUCAUUAAAAAGUAUUUGAUAUUCCAACUAAUACUCUCCAAUUGAAAAAUAGUGUAAUCGGAUCAAAUGUGAAACAAAUAUAAUAUGUAUAACGAGA